CUCUUCGUUAUGGAAGGAAACAGUCGACGAGCGAAGAGCAACCGCAUGUGCAGUGUGCCGCAAUGCACAAAUCGUGCAAUUUCCGGAAAAGUGAGCCUGCACCACUUUCCAAAAGAUAAAAAAACGGAGGAAGUUGUGGGCGAUCAAGCUCCGCAUCGGGAAGGAAGUAAGCGAAGAAAUGGUCGUAUGUAGCGAUCAUUUUAACAAAGACGACUUCUUUUGGGGCCACCUUGACGGGUUGAAGCCCUUACGAAAGCGGCUGAAAAGAAACGCUGUGCCUUCGCAAAAGAUCCCUCUGCGCUCCCACGAAGCAAGUGUGAGGCCUAGGGUUCCCCGAAGAAAGCCCCCCACAGAUUCUCAAGGAAACGAGGGCCAACAGGACGAUGUAUCUGAAGUGGUCAUUAAUGAAGAUUGCGCAUGCGAGCUUCCUGAUAAUUUGGAAGAAAGUGAAUACAAUGACCCACCUGUGCAGGAUUGGCUUCUUCCCCUUUCAAGCUCUUGCUCACGAACAACAGCAGAACAAGACGCUGCAAGGGCACUUGUUGAACUUCAAGAGCUGGGCCACACACCUGAGCUAAACAAAUCCGUUCAAGUGAACUCACUGGACUUCACACAAAAAUUUAGGAUUUCGGACGUGCUUCUUUCUGAUGCUCACCUAAACACUUUGACUGGCUUACCUUCUCAUGCACUUCUAAACAAGUUUGUUUCACUCGUAGAGAAGUAUGAGGCGGCAAAUAGGAUGGAAGCUUCUGUGAGGGACAGAGUUAUUUUGGUGUUCAUAGUUCUGAAACAGGCUAUGUCAUUUUCCUGUCUCAGUGUACUUUUUCAAUGCAGCAUUUCGUCCAUACACAGAUAUUUUGUACACACACUGCCUCUUGUUGCUGCAGUGCUGAAAGCUGCCAUUGAGUGGCCUUCAAAGGAGGAAAUUUUAAACAAUAUGCCUUCGCACUUUAAACAGUAUCCGAGAGUGCGAGGUGUUGCAGAUUGCACAGAAAUCCCAGUUGAAAGAUCUCGCUGUGUGAAAUGUCAGCUACUGACAUAUUCACAAUACAAGUCGACUUACACUGUAAAAUUUCUCAUAUGUGUAAGUCCAGCUGGCACAAUAACAUUCAUCAGUGAAGCAUUUGGUGGACGAGCCUCAGACAAAGCCAUUACAGCUGAGUGUGCAAUAUUGGAGAAGUUCGAGUCAUUCACAGAUGACAUUAUGGUCGAUAGGGGUUUUUUCAUUGAUGACUUGUGCACUGCCCGUGCAAUUGGCGUAAUUCGGCCACCUUUUGAUAACAAGGACUGCCAGUUUGACCGCAAUGAUGCCCUUAGGACAGCUGAUAUUGCUAGGGCACGGGUUCAUGUAGAACGAGCAAUACAACGAGUUAAAAUAUUUAAGCUCUUCAACUCAACUCUGUCCUGGGAAAUGCUGCCUUAUAUCAAUGAGCUGUUCACUGUUGCGUGUGGGCUAACUAACUUGUGCGCACCAAUACUGGCUGAUGAUAAAUUUCAGUAAGCACGCUUGCAAAGCUGACACAAUUCAUCAUCAUCAUUGCAAUCCUAUUUUAUGUCCACUGCAGGACAAAGGUCUAUCCCUACGACUUUCCAAGUAUCCCUGUCCUGUGCCAGCCGAUUUCAACUAGUGCCUGCGAAUUUCUUAAUUUCAUCACCCCAGCUAGACUUCUCCCGUACUCGACUGCGCUUCCUUUCUCUUCGCACCCAUUCUGCAACCCUAAUGGUCUACCGGUUUUCUAACCUACGCAUUACAUGAUGUGCCCAGCUCCAUUUUUUCUCAUAAUGUCAAUAAGUAUAUUCGGUAUCUUUGUUUGCUCUCUGAUCCACACCACUAUCUUCCUGUCUCUUAACUAUAUGCCUAACAUUCUUCGUUCCGUCGCUCUUUGCGCGUUCCUCAACUUGUUCGCAAGCUUCUUUGUCAGUCUUCACGUUUCUGCCCAUAUGUUAGCACCGGUAGAAUGCGCUGA